AUGGCUUGGAGUUACGUCAAAAUGUCAAUGUUUGGGGCAGCCGCAUCAUACUCCAACGACGAUGAUUUCAUAGCCGCGGUGGCCGUCCUCACCCAGACGCCACAAAAAUGCCCUUGGGGAGGUUCGGUCUCAGGCCACAAGACUUACAAGCGUGAUCGACUUGCAGCAGACUGGCAGCUGAAUCAGGACUACUUCGUUGAACGCCCACUUUACAAUGAGGAGCAUUUCAGAAGCAGAAAUGCCGAACACACCACCAAGUCCUCCUCUUUGGUGAUUGCAGUUCCUCUCCUGGACAUGUUUUUCUUCUUUUCGGCCCUCUGUGAUUUCAAUGAUGGAGGGUUCUGA